AUGCACAUCAAUGGAUUGAACGAGGUUUGGAAAAAAUUCGACGACUUACAAUUUAGUAUUGAGGAACUGGAUGAAUCCGAAGGGGCGAGACGAUUUGAAAUUCAAAAUAAUUAUUACGCGGUGGUGGCUAGGGCCAACCGACUACUACAAAACACCCAAACACCGGUGUCUCCCACAACACGUAUUAACCCUUCUCCUGCGUCGACGGUACCUGCUCCAAUGGCCAUUAAAUUGCCCGAAAUGCGGCUACCUACCUUUGACGGAUCAAUCGAAGAAUGGUCUUCUUUCUAUGAUAUUUUUUCAGCAAUGAUUGGCCGUAACGAAGACUUAACCCCGGUCCAAAAACUACAAUAUCUGCGAUCAACUUUAAUCGGCAAGGCCGCCGCUUGUAUACAAUCACUAAGUACGACUGAUGCUAACUAUAACGAUGCCAUAGAAAUAUUAAAAGAAAAAUUCGAUUGCCCACGUCGAAUAAUUUUAGAUCAUUGCGAUGCACUGCGUAAUAUCCCAAAAUUGUCAAAAGAUACACCGGAGGCAUUAAAUAAUUUGAUAGAUAUUAUCACCCAACACCUUCGGGCGUUGAAAAAUUUAGGUGAGAAUGUAACAUCAUGGAAUAGUAUCCUGCUAUCAAUAAUACUAUCGAAAUUGAAUAAUGAUACCAUUUGGCAUUGGGAAUUAACCCUUAAAGACAAAAGGAAAAUACCAGAAUACACAGAGCUUCUUCAAUUUUUGGAAAGGCGAGCAAGCUGCGCGCUUCCAUCAUAUUCAAAAUCCACCGUAUCCACAGGACGAAACGAAACAAAGGAUCAUGAUGUUACCAAAUUAAACAAUAAACGAUCCUCAAGAGGUUAUGCAUUUCUAGUAUCAAAAUCUAAUCGAAAUCACCCGUAUAAAAAUGUAUCAACUAAUAAACCUCAAACAGCAGGUUCAAUCCAACGUUGCCCUAUCUGCAAGCAAUGUCAUGUGAUCUGGAUGUGUGAACAAUUUAAUAGCUUAUCAGUUCAGGAUAGGAAAAUGGCUGUGGAAAAAGAAUCGUUAUGCUUUAAUUGUUUAAGGGAAGGGCAUACUGUGAAUUCUUGCAAAAAAGGAAAUUGUCGAAUUUGCCAUAAACGUCACAAUACAUUAUUGUAUUUAUCAACAAAUUCUACAAAUUCACCGUCUCAGCGUUCAGCAGAUUCGCAUCAUACCACGAAUCACCAGAAACCGACAAAUUGA